AUGGCGCCCCAGCUCAUAUCCGUCAUCGGUUGUCUCCAUGUCGACUCCCCCAGCGGAGAAAAUCGCUGCACCUUUGUGAACAACGCAAAUGAUGCAUUGACCGCCGAAUAUUUCACCAAGCUCGAAAGCCUUGCCAACGGGAGGCAACCGGAUCUGGUCAUUGCACAGAUGGAAAUUGAUCGAGCAGUGGUUGAGCAGAUCAUUGACACGGCAGGCGAGGCGGGCAUCGAGGUCCUGAUCAACGCCGCUCCGGCGAAUCACAUAUUAAGCAGGUACUACCGCCAUAUCACACACCUGUUGGUCAACGAGACAGAAGCGGCCACCAUGUCUGGCCGAGAGAUCGAUGAGGUAAAUGAGGAGACCUGGCAGGAGAUUGCUGAGGACUUCCUUGAGAAAGGGGUGAAGAACGUGGUGCUCACUUUGGGGCUCAAGGCGCCUUCUAUGGCACAGCCGACGAGUUUGGCCAUGUCCCGGCUUUCAAUGUCAAUGUGGGACACAUUCACGGGGGCCUACGCCACAGAUUAUUUGCGACAGAAGCAGAGGGGACAAUGGGACAUCAGAGAGGCAGUCGUUCGCGCUUGUAAAGCCGCAGCAUUGACCAUCACACGCAUCGGCGCCCAGGAAGGGAUUCCUUGGAUGGAUGCGAUUGACGAUUUCCAAGAGAACCAAUCGCCUCAAGCAGCCGUUGAAGCUGCUUCCCAGUCGGCCACGGAUGCUUCAGAAGAACUGUAA